GGAUGGGGCCGCGCGGGGCUGUUUUCCUCCGCGCUCGGCGGUCAGUUCUCGGCGCGCGCGGCCCUUACAGCUCGGCUUUCCAGUCACCGGCCCCUCUCGCGGUUUUCUCGCUUAUUCCACGCCCCGCCGGACCGGGGGAGGGGUGGCACGCCUGUGUGUCCCGCCCUCGGCGAUCUCUCCCCUCAGCUCGCGAGCAGGGAUGCCAGGGAACGGGUCUGUGGUUAGCGUGGGACCGGGACAAACUCCUUCCCCUUCUUGGGCUCCGAAAUGAGUGUCGGCCCUUAGACUCUUGCCGUGGCCGCGCUUUCAGAGCCAGGCCCCGACUCCGGGAUGCAUCAGUUUGGGGGGAAAGUGGUCUGUCAUGUCACAGAAGAGGCUGGGGCUGUAGGCCGCAGGCCCUGAAAUGUGUUUUAGUGUUUGUGUGAGCCAGGGCAGAGCCCGGAAGAACUGCCUGCUUGCACCUAUGGGACCCAUAUACCCGCCUCAAAAUAAGUGGCCGAGGAGGGAAAGGCGCCCGCCUUGGGGAAGGUGUGAAGAUGGUGAAAGGAUGGCGCUGAGACUUAACCGCCUUCCAACAAACCUUGUGCCCGGUUUAGAAUAUUGGUGAUCAUUCCCUGCGACCUAAAGGUGGAAUAAUCUCUGUGGAAGCAAGCUCUGAGAGAAGUCAGGAUUGCCUCACCAUGGAGCAGCUGAGCGUGGCCAACACCCAGUUCGCAGUGGACCUCUUCCGCACCCUGAAGAACAACAACCCCUCUGGGAACAUCUUCUUCUCCCCCGUAAGCAUUUCCUCAGCGCUGGCCAUGGUCUUUCUGGGGACCAGAGGCACUACCGCAGCACAGAUGUCCAAGACUCUUCACUUCGACGCGGUUAAGAAGAUUCAUUCCAGUUUUCAGAGUCUGAAUUCUGAUAUCCACAAGCGCGGAGCUCCCUAUAUUCUGAAACUUGCUAAUAGGUUAUAUGGAGAGAAAACCUAUGAGUUCCUCCCUGAAUUCUUAGCUUCAACCCAGAAAAUGUAUGGAGCUGAACUGGCCAGUGUAGAUUUUCAGCGACUCUCUGAAGGUGCAAGAAAGGUGAUAAAUGAGUGGGUCAAAGGGCAGACUGAAGGGAAAAUUCCAGAAUUGUUGGCUGCAGGCGUGGUUGAUAAUAUGACUAAACUUGUGCUAGUUAAUGCCAUCUAUUUCAAAGGAAACUGGCAGGAGAAAUUCAGUAAAAUGGCCACAAUCGAUACACCUUUCAAAUUGAAUAAGAAAGACACAAAAAGAGUGAAAAUGAUGUAUCAGAAGAACAAAUUCCCAUUUGGCUACAUUGAGGACCUUAAGUGCCGGGUGCUGGAGCUGCCUUACCAGGGCAGGGAGCUCAGCAUGGUCAUCCUGCUGCCAGAUGACAUCGAGGACGAGGCCAUGGGUCUGAAGAAGAUCGAAGAUCAAUUGACCUUAGAAAAACUGCGUGAGUGGACCAAACCUGAGAAUCUGAGUUCCAUUGACGUCAACGUCUACCUGCCCAGGUUCAAGCUGGAACAGAACUACAACCUCAACUCUCACCUGGCCAGCCUGGGUAUAGAGGAUCUCUUUACUAGCAGGGCUGAUCUGUCUGGCAUGUCAAGAGCCGGAGGUCUUUUUAUAUCAAAAAUUGUCCACAAGUCUAUUGUGGAAGUAAAUGAGGAGGGCACAGAGGCGGCAGCUGCCACAGCUGGAAUUGCCACCUGCUCGCUUACGCCAGAGGAAAAUUUUGUGGCCGACCAUCCAUUUAUUUUUUUCAUUCGACACAAUCCCUCAACUAACAUCCUGUUCUUAGGCAGACUUUCUUCCCCGUAGAGACUGUGGAAAUCCAAGGCCAAGCUCAGAGCUUUGUCACUAGCCCUUUCAAUGGUGAUAGUUUUCAUAUAUCUUCCGCAACAAAUCUACCAUCCCAAAACAAAUCUCUAACUUCCUUUGUAAUGUCAGCUCUGUUGGCUGUUUACACGCAUUAACUUUGGCAUAAGUAUCUAUUUUCCUUUCUUUAUAUUGAAAAAUUCAGUGAUUGCUUUUGAAUGCACCAAGCAGAUAUGUAGAUUCUUGACAGUGUAGUAAACUAAGAAA